AUGGCAAAAAUAUUUUUAAUCGUUGCCUUGAUCGCUUCCUUGGCUAUUUCAUGUAUCGCCGCCGCCAAUCUUGAGAUUAAAGUUGGUUCAACAUCCGCAACCCCAAAUAUCUUCGAACCCUCGACGGGUAAUGUUAUGACUGGUGACACUGUUACCUUUACAUGGGUUGCUGGUAAACACAGUGUCUUUAGAUCCGAUGCAGCCAAGAGUUGUGUUAAAUCAGCAUCAUUAAAUGCGCUUGACUCUGCUGGUGCCUUCACAGCUCCUAAAACAUUCGUCUACACCGUCACUGAAACAACCGGCAAGAUCUGGUUCUUCUGUGGUGUUGGUGAUCAUUGUGCAAAUGGUAUGUACGGUACCUUGACAGUUGGUGCUGCAAACACUACAGCUGCUCCACCAGAAUCUCCAAAAUCUGCCGCAUUCAAAGUUAACAGCAAUAUUGUUGCUGCUGCCUCCAUGGCCGCCAUUGGUGCAAUUGGUUUAUUAUUGUAA